ACAUGGUAUUAUAUUUAAUAAACGAAAGUGCCAUAGGAUUUUCAUUAUUUGAAGUCAAAGAAUUUGAUGAAGCUUCAGCUAAAUUGAAACAAGUCUAAAAGCAAAUAUAAAAUCUUGCUUCAUUUAAUUAAAUGUGCAGAUUAAAAGCAUUUUAUGCAUUUCCAAAUGCCGAAACUGCCAGAAAUAAUGCUUAAAAUAUUGGUCUCGGAGAAUUAACUGAAGAACUUAAAACUUUUAUUGAAGAAAAUGUGCCUAAAACCAAGAAAAAAAAUAAAGUUUAACUCGCAGUUAUGGACUUGAAACUAGCUUAAAAAGUAACUGAUUAACUCUAGUAUGAAUGUAUUACUAGUGAUGUAAUAUUCGAAUUAUUUAGAGGAAUAAGAGCUAAUUUAACAUAAAUUUUAAAAAACGAAGAUUUCAAAGAAGAGGAUUUAGUAAAAGCCCAAUUAGGUUUAGCCCAUAGUUGGAGCAGAAACAGAAUCUAAUUCGAUGUAAAAAGAUAAGAUAAACCAAUUAUUAAUUGCAUUGCAGUUCUUGAAUAACUAGAUAAGGACAUUAACACUCUUUGUAUGAGAAUAAGAGAAUGGUACGGAUGGCAUUUCCCUGAACUUAGUAAAAUUGUUACUGAUAAUGAAAUUUAUACACGUUUAGUUUAAUUAAUUGGGCAUAAAUCUAAUGCUAAUGAUGCUAAUAUUACAUAAAUAGAAGAAAUUGUUAUUGAUGGAGAUAUUGCAUAAUAAGUUGUUGAUUCAUCUAAAUCUUCUAUGGGUUAAGAUUUAUCAGAAAUGGAUAACACAUGUCUUAAUGAAUUAAGUGGUAAAAUUAUCAAGUUAAUCGAAUUUAGAAAAGGAAUAUAAGGAUAUUUAAAAAGCAGAAUGGAUAAUGUAGCUCCUAACUUAACUGGAUUAAUUGGCGAAUAAUUGGGUGCCAAGUUAAUUGCUCACUCUGGUGGUUUGAGUAAUUUGGUUAAAUACCCAGCUUCUACUAUUUAAAUUUUGGGAGCUGAAAAAGCUUUGUUUUAGGCUCUUAAAAAAAAAGCUAAUACUCCUAAAUAUGGUUUAUUGUAUCAUUCUUCCUUCAUUCAAAAGGCUAAUGGAAAAGAUAAAGGAAAAAUUUCUAGAUACUUAGCUAAUAAAUGUUCUUUGGCUUCUAGAUUAGAUUAUUUCUUAAUAUAGCCUACUAAUAAAUUUGGUGAUAAAAUGAAAGAUCAAAUUGAAGAUAGACUCACAUUUUUAACUUCUGGUGGAUAAACUAAAAAAAAUGAUGAUGUUAUGAAUCAAGUACUUUAAGAAUUAAAAGAUGAAAACCUUUAUGUUGAAAAUAUCGAUGAUUUGGGAAAAAAGAAAAGCAAAAAAGAUAAGUAAUUAAAAAAGAAAUCUAAAGUCAAAGUUCAAGAACUUGAAGAAGAAAUCGAACAAGAAUAACCUGAAAAGAAAAAAAAAAAGAAAAAAAAUAAAUCUGAAUGAUUCAGUUUUAUAUUUUCCAUUUUUUUUAUUAUUAUUUAAUGGAGAGUUAUUUUAUAUAUUAUUAGUUGUUGUUGUUUUUUUUU